UCCUCAAAUGAACGCAGUGCAAUCAUCGCAGGAAGUGCCACCGGGGGUGCUCUUCUCCUCAUCCUCGCCCUUUCCUUUCUUUUCUAUCGCAGACGCAAAGAGUUCAAGCGACUCGGAUUUAUCGAUACGAUAGCUGCCUACAGGAGGCAAAAACACUCUAGAGCCACACUCCUCGAUGGCGAGGACCUCGAGGACGUCCAUAUGUCCAGGCCACCUCCCGGAAGGUAUUCAGAUUACGAAACACCCUGGGACCCAUCAAUCCCGCACAUGAGCUCUCGCUCCCUUGCAGCAGGGCAGAACCAAAAUAGCAGCACUCCGUCCAUCCUGCUGCGUGCAAGAGGAUCAGAGUCUGGGUCUGUAUUCCACGAAGAAGUUUGGCCUCCCCCAGGCGACCGCAGCCGUCUAGUAGACCCCUUGAGCGACCACGGUGCCAAUUACUCAGACUUGAGUAGGAUAGUCGACGACGUGAUGGGCCCGUCUGCUGCCACCGAGGGUAUCCAUUACUCGCAAUAUUCGCUUUCGUCGUCUAUGCGGGAGCCGUCUGGAGAUUCGUUGCAUUCGGGUUUACAUUCAAGGUCCUGGUCAGCUGAUUCUCAGUCCCAGCUGUUAGAGGCUGCGGGGCUUAUACCAUCAUCUACACCGCCUUCGCCUUCCCGGCAGCCGAUCAAGCCGAGUCCGCUAGCAGAGUCGAAUGCAGCUGCAGGAGGCUCGAUGACUGCUGCUACAUCGAAGAACUGGCUUCACCGUUCGCCUCUUAAGAACGAAGUGGAUCCCAGGGAUGGGCUUGCUGAUGAUACACCACACGCUUUGUGACGUGGUCGUGUCUUUGGUGUUUUAUGGGCUUGUAUAUCAUGUUCAUUAGACCCUACUGAACGUUGAAUAUAUAAAAACAUAUUUUUAUGCUGUCCUACGUACCCCACAUCUUCCCAUUUAUGUACCUACUGUUGUUGUCCUUCUUCCGAGGAACAGACUUUCUUCUCGGGCUCAUCGUCACAGACUUUAUUUAUACGAUAUCUGCAGUCACAGUUUGUUCUUCUCAUGUGCUCAUUGUAUAUUCUGACACUCGCCUCAGGAUAUUAUUGAUACUAUCAAGCUUGCCACCAAGGAUCCCCUUUUCAUCCAUCUUGCAAUACAACCGUCCUUUUCA